GUCCCAACUCCCAACCCAUAGAGCCGCCGCCUCAGUCCUCACAUCUUUCGUCGGUCUCAGUGGCACUCGCAGUCUCGCACCACUUUCUCCUUUUCCCCCGACUCUGUCUCCAUAAUUUUCCCGGCCGCCCUCCCCUCUCUACGGUCCCAGUCUCUGGUUCUCCGCUUUCCGAGCUUUACUUGCUCUUCGAAUACCAGCAGAAAACUUCCAAUUCUUUCUGCUCUUUUCUUUUUGUCGCUUCUUGCUUGAGACCACGACAACUGAUUCAGUAAUGACGGAGAGUGAAGAUGUCAUAGUCAAGAGCGUGUUCAUCGCCGCAGGAUGCAAUCGAAUUGUGAAUAACGUCUCGUGGGGCGCCUGUGAUCUCGUUUCCUUCGGUUCUCAGAAUGCCGUCGCCAUUUUCUGCCCCAAGACUGCUCAGAUAUUGACCACUCUUCCCGGCCAUAAAGCACCUGUCAAUUGCACUCACUGGAUUCCUGGCGCCAAGUUUGCAUUCAGAGCAAAAAAGUUGGAGAGCCAUUAUCUUCUAUCAGGAGAUUCGGAUGGCGUCAUCAUUCUAUGGGGAAUGACACUUGCUGAUAGAAAGGUACUUUCUUUAUUACAGAAGUUCAAGCAGGUAUACAAUGAUUACGGUCUAGGCAAACGCUGUUGUUAAGAUUGUUGAAGAACGCAGGAAGGUGCAUCUUAUGUAUCUGUGUAUUCUAAUGGAUUUCCCAUUAUAGGAACUUUGACAACCGAAGAUGAGUAUGUUCAACUUGAUUAUGUUAUCAAUAUUGCCUGGUUUUUAAGUUGAUUGGGUCUAAAAGGUUAGGGUAGUUCUCCAUUUAUAACUCUCUUGAUGAAUGCACCAAACUAAACUCUGUCUUGCCGUGGUGUCUCCCGCUUCAUAUUGUAACGUGCUCUUGUGUUUGAAUGUCUCUUAUUUUCUGGUUGCUUCAUCUUUGCAGUGGCGGCUAGUGAUGCAGCUACCACAAUUACACAAGAAGGGUGUUACCUGCAUAACUGGAAUUAUGGUUUCACUAACUGACACCAUAUUUGCUUCUAGUUCCUCUGAUGGUGCAGUUCAUUUAUGGGAGCUCAUCCUUCCUUGUUCUCCUGGGGGUGAAUGCAAACUAUCAUGUUUUGAGAGUCUUUCAGUUGGUUCAAAGCCUAUGGUUGCUUUGUCACUAGCAGAAUUACCUGGAAAUUCUGAGCAUAUCACCCUUGCAAUGGGUGGCUUGGACAACAAGAUUCACAUGUACUGGGGAAAGAGGACAGGAAAGUUUGUUCGUGGUUGUGAAUUGAAAGCACAUACAGAUUGGAUCAGGAGUCUAGACUUCUCAUUACCAAUAUGCAAGCCGGGUGAAGCAAAUAGCAUCAUGCUUGUCAGUUCUUCUCAAGACAAAGGCAUACGCAUCUGGAAGAUGUCUUUGCUGGGGUUCUCAGGUGGAGAAGGGCAGGAAACAUACAGGAAGGAAAUUAGCUUAGCAUCCUACAUUGAGGGUCCUAUAAUUGUGGCUGGUUCAUCUUCUUAUCAAAUAUCUCUUGAGUCUCUUUUAAUUGGACACGAGGACUGGGUUUAUUCAGUGGAAUGGCAACCUCCCUCUACACGUAAUGAAGGUAGUAGUUACUGUCAACCCCAAAGCAUAUUGUCUGCGUCAAUGGACAAGGCAAUGAUGAUCUGGCAGCCUGAAAAGAAAACUGGCAUUUGGAUGAAUGUGGUCACAGUUGGAGAGUUGAGCCAUUCUGCAUUAGGUUUUUAUGGAGGCCACUGGAGCCCAGAUGGACAGUCAAUUUUAGCUCAUGGUUAUGGUGGAGCGUUUCAUAUGUGGAGGAAUAUUGGAAUUGAUACGGAUAACUGGCUGCCGCAGAAGGUUCCGUCUGGGCAUUUUGCCCCUGUGACAGAUAUUUCUUGGGGAAGACAUGGUCAAUACAUUUUGACAGUGAGCCAUGACCAGACAACUCGUGUUUUUGCUCCAUGGAAAACUGAAGCUUCUCACCUAGAUGGGCAGUCGUGGCAUGAAAUUUCUCGCCCUCAAGUUCAUGGCCAUGAUAUAAAUUGUGUGGCCAUCAUUGAAGGUAAAGGGAACCAGCGAUUUGUGUGUGGGGCUGAUGAAAAAGUAGCCAGGGUGUUUGAAGCUCCUUUAUCGUUCUUAAAGACAUUGAAUCGUGCCACGCUACAAUCUGAUAUCCCUGAAGAUCUCCAAAUGGGCGUCCAGAUCUUGGGGGCUAAUAUGUCUGCACUUGGUCUCUCACAGAAACCAAUUUAUGUGAAUGCUGUCCAUGAGUCUCCAGGUGCAAAUGGGAAUGACAGCAUUGACACCCUUGAAAGUGUUCCGGAUGCCAUUCCAGUCGUCUUUACUGAACCUCCUAUUGAAGAUCAGUUGGCAUACCAUACAUUGUGGCCUGAGUCCCACAAGCUUUAUGGUCAUGGGAAUGAGCUCUUCUCUUUAUGUUGUGAUCAUGGAGGGAAGCUUGUAGCUUCGUCGUGUAAGGCACAGUCACAAUCAGUGGCAGAAAUAUGGCUGUGGGAAGUUGGUUCAUGGAAAACAGUUGGUCGGUUGCAGUCUCAUACCUUGACAGUCACCCAGAUGGAGUUCUCUCGUGAUGAUACCAUGCUUUUGGCAGUCUCAAGAGAUCGUCAAUUUUCAGUCUUCUCCAUCCAAAGAACCGGAGAUGAAAUCAGUUUCCCAGCUGUAGCAAAGCAGGAGGGCCACAAAAGAAUUAUCUGGUCAUGUUCCUGGAACCCAUCUGGUCACGACUUUGCGACCGGUUCAAGGGACAAGACAGUGAAGAUCUGGACAGUAGUAGACAGCAAGGAUCCUUGGGUCAAGCAGAUAGCAACUUUACCGCAAUUCAGCAGCAGCGUCACAGCAGUGUCAUGGUUUGGCAUCGAUCGUCAGAGAGACAAUGGACUUGUCGCGGUUGGAAUGGAAAAUGGACUCAUCGAACUCUGGAGUAUAACAGUGAGGAGAAACAUCGACAGUGGUGGUUCUUCAGCCUCUGCUGCCCUUGCAAUCAGGCUGGACCCGACAAUGUGCCACGUCUCUCCAGUGAAUCGACUGUCAUGGAGAAGCCGAGAGAAGAGCGAGGACAGUAGGAGUGUGCAGCUGGCCUCUUGUGGGGCUGAUCAUUGUGUUAGGAUUUUUGAAGUGAAUCUUAGUUAUAAUUGAUCUGACCUCUGACGGCGGGAUGAUUAAACGACUGAUAACGAACUUCACUUAUUAUUAUCUGCUUGCACAAAGUGUGAAACACACCGUCGAGUGGCAUUUUGUGCAAGUUUCAGUGUUCUUCUUUCUUUGUAAUUCGGCUAAUGAUUUUCAAGAACUUAGGCGUGUCGAACUCAGCUCCCAGUUCCGUGGUUAAAAAACACAAAGGUCGACUCUCUUUUCUAUCGGACGCUUUUUCAG